GAGACACACCUCAGGUUGAGGUUAGGGUAGGGGCAGGUGGGUUCGCCAGUGGCAUUGGGAGAUGGGUUUAAAUUUGAGAGAGGGAGAGGCUCUUGGGCGUGUGAUGGGGCAUGGGACGAGGGAGGGGGGCAGAAAGGCGGAGACCAGAGGGGCAUUUGGCAAGCGGGCCAACAGGACACCUUCGGCUUUGUUGUUGGUUUAUUAAAUUGAAUUGUUAGGAAACUGCUGCUCGUGUGACUAUUAACUUCUCUCUCUUCAGACCAUUCUCAUCUCCUCUAACCCUCUCUCUUUCUCCCUUUCCUCACUGUGUUUGUCGUCUCUCUCUCUCUCUUUUUCCCCUCUCUAUCUUUUCUCCAGGAAGGGGGAAAAAACGAGGAAGCAGCUAAGGGGGGAAAGAGAGCCUUCUCCUUCAUUUUUUUUGGCCCUCUUAUUGUAGAUCCAUCGGUUCCUUCUCCGCUCAUCUCCUGCUCUUCUAUCAUUUGGUUGAGAUGGCAUCUGAUGGGUUACCUCCUGAUUAUUAGCUCUCCAGGUUGCCUUCAGUUGCUGUGUUGUGGCCCUGUACGGCUUGUAUAUAUAACAGCUGACUGGUUGUCAUUGUCAUUCAGGGAAUCCAUCAUAUGCAUUCUUGACAACUUUUUCUGCUUCUUGUCCUUGUGAAUCAACUGCUCUUUCCUUGAUUUCCUUGAUUGUAUUUCCUUUUAAUGUUCAUUUUUCUGUAUUCACAGGAAGACUAGCCGUUCUGAGCUUUCAUAUCCAUUUUUCUGUAUGGAUUAGCAAUUAAAAAUGAGGUUCUGAAAAUAUAUGCUCUUUGGAUAAACUUGGAUUUUGAGUAUCAAGUAGCAGACUGCCUUUUCCUUUGUGAACUGGUUGCCAUUCAUUUUGCAUCCCUAUUGUUUCUUACACUGAACUUGUUUUGCAAGAGUUAAUAUGUUGUUACAUGAUUAUAUAAUUCUUUAACUUUCAAAUCAAUUGAUUUUCUUUUUUCCUUUUGUGGUUUCAUGGUUUCAGAUUGGCCAAAGAAGUCCUUGUGUGAAUUACUGUGUGGAUUGGAAUUUUCUUUGGAACCUUUACAAUUUUAAAGCAGUUACCAGUUGGCCUUAAUGCAAGGGCAAAAAGGUGCUAUUGGUUCCUUGCCUGAAACAUUAAACUUUGACCAUGGAUCUACAUCAAGUGGUGCUGGUUUAGAUCAGCAACUUUGCUGGAAUAAUAUGCGGAAUCCUGCAGAAAACCGGUUAGCGGAUUAUAUGCAACCACCCAGUGAUACAAAUCUUGCAUUUCUGAAUUCUAUUAGUCAUGGAGGGCAAAACUUGAGUGGAUGGAGUUUAGGUGAACCCAGUUCGAUUAACACACAAAAUAUUGUCAGCUGUGAUGAAUGUAAAACAGAACAUGGUUGGGCAACUUCGGUGAGUGGUUGUGCUGGAGCUGGUCCAAGGUUAGAAGAACACCGAUGUGAACCAUCAAAUGUGCUUUCACUGGAUAAUGUUAAUGUAAAUCCUAGCAGCAAUCAGAUUGUCAAUGGACCUUUGUUUUUGCAAAGUUCCAGUUCUGAUGCUAUUGCUCAGAAUCUUAAUCUAAAUGCAGGAUUUGUGGGUUCUGGUGGUGAUGAUCGUCAAGGCUUGGAAUGCCCUAAUUUAUACAAGUCUAGUGGGUCAGAAAAUCUUCCAUCAGCUAGUAGCUCUUCUGAUCCUUUUGGGCCUCGCAUUUUGAGUGGUGGAUAUUUGGUGGAAGAGAAUGAUGGUAGGGCAGGUAGUUCUUUGGAAGGUCGUCGUUUGUCCUGUAAAAGGAAGGCCCUUGAAGGAAACAUUGGCCAAUCUUCUGUUGGUGGGAGUUCCAGUAGCUUUCAACGAACAGAAAAUAAUGUAUGGCAUGCUGUUGUUCCCGCUCGUUAUAAUGCUGGUAACGGUUUAAGUAUAUCUAGCCCCUCAGGGAAUAUUAUUGGUGCUAGCCCUGCAGAACAGGUGAACCCAAGACUUGGGCUGGGUGUGAGGGGAGUAGCUACUGACAGCCUUCCUGUUUUAAAUGUGCCAGGAAGUGCAGAAAGCUCUCAUAGGAAUUUCCGUAUGAGGAUAAAUCCUUCACAUCAGCAAGAUUCUGUGCCCCAUAAUUUAUUUUCAGCAGGUGGAUCUGUUAGGCACUCUAAUGUUUCAUCACACCAGCAGUCAACAAGACUUAUACCAGUUAAUCAUGCUCCAGACUUGAGGUCAACACCAGCAGCAGACAAUGCAAGUUCUCAAAGCCAAUCUGUUGUCAACCAUGCUCCUAACUUGCCUAGAACCAUGCAAUCUUUUAGAUGGAGUGGAGCUUCUAGCUCAAGACAUGGCAAUUCAUCAAGUCCUCUCAUUUCUGGUGAGAGAGAUGCUGCACCUCGUGAGGAAUCCAGUUCAAGAAGCAUGCCAAGAAACACUUUGGAGCAUUCAAUGUUUUUACCUGCAAUUGAUCUCAGAUCUUUGCCUCAAAAUCCUACAAAUAGGAAUUUAGCUGGUGGAAAUAUGACCACCCCUGGAAAUUCUGCUUCUACUUCUCGGACUGGCUCAAGUUCAGGUGUCAAUUCAUCAUCUGCUCCUACCUGGGGUCCUCCUCGUGAUCCUCCUUCACAAUAUUCACGAAGAUUAUCAGAAUAUGUUCGCCGAUCAUUGUUUUCUUCUGUUGGUGCUGACUCUGGAGGCCAGAGCAGCAACUAUUCUCCAUUACAUUCAGGUCCUUCACCUUCCUCACAGGAGGUGGCGCCUUCAUCUGGAGCUGGCAACCAGGGGCAUCAUCAAUCAUAUCCAAGGUCAGCAUUAUUGAUGGAAAGACAUGGUGAUGGUGUUCUCGGAAUUCCCUAUUCAUUGCGUACCUUGGCUGCUGCCAGUGAAGGAAGAAGCAGGCUAGUAUCUGAGAUUCGCAAUGUCUUGGAUCUCAUGCGUAGGGGUGAGGACUUGCGAUUUGAGGAUGUCAUGAUCCUGGACCAGUCAGUAUUUUUUGGGGUGGCUGAUAUUCAUGAUCGUCAUAGGGAUAUGCGACUUGAUGUGGAUAAUAUGUCUUAUGAGGAGCUAUUGGCUCUGGAAGAGCGCAUCGGAGAUGUGUGCACUGGAUUGAGCGAAGAAACUAUAUUGAAGCAGCUGAAACAGCGAAAAUAUUGGUCAGUGGCCAGAGGAGCUGAGGUCGAAGUGGAACCCUGCUGUAUUUGUCAGGUAAUAUAUUCUUUCUACAUCUUCACCAGACCAUGUCUUGUGUUUAUGCUUUGUAUGAACCGUUGGUUUAUUAUUUUCAGGAGGAAUAUGGAGAUGGAGAAGAUAUUGGGACUCUGGAAUGUGGUCAUGAUUUCCAUUAUGGCUGUAUUAAACAGUGGCUGAUGCACAAGAACUUGUGCCCCAUUUGUAAAACAACUGCCCUGGGUAUAUGAGAGGGGCUAUUUUGAGGCUAUUACUUGAAAAAGGAUUGCACAAGGGUGGGGCCGAGAGUGGUGAAACCAACACCCGGCGGAUGCUGCUUUGUUUCCCCCUUGGGAGCUAGUUUCUCAUGGCAUCAAUCUCUUCUAUGUCAUGCAAAGACCCAGAUGUAUUUCUUUUCUUCUUUAUAUUUUAAUUAAAGUUGGCAAUCUCCUGGGGGAGGUUGCAAACCAUUAAGGGGGACAUUAAAGCAAAACUUGUUUUUAACUUUUCAUUUAUUCAUGAACAGCAUUGAUCAUCGGAAAGAAUACAUUUUUUUUUAUUAAGUAGUUUAUAAGUCUUUUGCCUA